UAAAAAAAGUAGCUGAAGAACCUCUUAUAAAGAAUUGUUUAAAAUGUUAUCAUUAUGUAUUGGAGGCAUUAAAUACACUCAAAUCAGAAGACCAUAUUCCACAAAGCAUCCAGAAUAAACCCAGACAUGGGGGAAAAAGUUAUAUUAGUUGUUGGUGGAAAUAGGUCUAGAAGAAGAAAUAGUUUAGAGUGGUUUGAUACACGAACAAACCUAUGGCAUUUUGGACCAGAAUUGAUUUCAAACUUUAAAAGAAUUAGUCUAGUCGUAAUGAACGAUAAUAUUGUAUUUGUCGUGGGCGGUUAUUUCAGUGGUGUAUCACGAUCAUAUCAGUGUCUUUUUAUGCUAGAUUUAUCAUUAGAAUCCCUUUGUUGGCAACGAUGUGUGGACAUGUUAGUUGACCGACAAGUGUUUGGAGUUGGUGUAAUCAAAGAUAAUAUCUAUGCAGUAGGCGGAUGGAAUUCUACAGUUGGUCAUUGCAGAAGUGCAGAAGUUUAUAACUACAAUACUCAAACAUGGCAUAUGAUAUCAAAUAUGUCUACUUCAAGAUCUUCAUGUGCGGUUGGAGUCCUGAAUGAUCUUUUAUACGUGGUAGGAGGUUAUAAUCAAUCAAUGCAGGCUUUAGACACUGUUGAAUGUUAUAAUCCCAGUAUUGAUAUGUGGUCACCAGUCGCAAACAUGUGUGAACGUCGCAGUAGUGCUGGUGUAGGAGUUUUAUAUGGUGAAUUGUAUGCUGUAGGCGGGGAAAAUGAAUCAAAUCUUUUGAGUAGUGUUGAAAAAUACAGCCCAAAAACAGGAGUUUGGACUACUAUAGCACAUCUAAAUGUUCCACGAAAAAGUGCAGAAUUAGUCGCGUUGGAUGGUUUAUUGUAUGUCGUCGGUGGAAUGGACAAUUCUUCUAAUUUGGAUCAUGUAGAAUGUUACAACCCAAACACCAAUACCUUUACCGUGAUCACAGCAAAAUGGAAUAUUAUGCGUUUUUCACCUGGAGUAGUAACCAUUAAUAGGCCACAACAUUUUACAACUUGUUAGCAUUCAUGAUUUUUUUUUUUGUAUAAAUGUUUUCAUAUAUUGUAUUAUUGUAUCUUACACUAUAUAUAGGUUAUUAUAUAUUCAUGCUUUUUUUUCUUAUAUAAAUAUUUUCCUGCAUAUUUGUAUAAUAAUACCUAUAUUUAUUGUAUUUUUUUAUUAAUUCUAUAACUUUGAAUGUUUUAUUAAAAUGUUCUCGUAUUAUCUUUAUCAAUAAAUUGAUAAUUUGCA